AUGGACAGUGAGGUUGCCAAAGACGAAGAGCAGACGAAAAGGUUCAAGGAGAAACAUUCUCUAGAUAGUGAUGAAGAAGACGAUGGUGAUAAAUACGAUGUUUUACAAGAAGACGACAUCGAGGGUCAAGAGGAAGCUACCAUAGAUUAUGAAGAAGGAGUACAAAUUACACCUUUUAACAUGAGAGAAGAAAUGGAGGAGGGCCACUUUGAUAAAAAUGGAAUGUAUAUUUUUGAUAAAAAGGACCAGAUACAAGAUAAUUGGAUGGAUAAUAUAGAUUGGGUCAGGGUUAAAGAAAGAGAAAAAGGAGAUAAAAGAAAGAUGGAGGAAGACAGCGAUGAUGAAGAUGAACCAAUAGAUAAAAUUAAAAUAUAUAAAGAAAUGUUGUCAUUGAUGGAACCAGGAGAGUCAGUCACAAAGUCUCUAAGGCGUCUGGGAGGAAACAAGGGUAAAAUUCAGUUAGCCAGUCAAAGAUGGAAGGCCAAAAAACAGAAAGGCAGUGAUAAACCAAGCGCGGAAGAGACAGCUAAUAAGGAAAAAUUACUCUCAUUAACAAGUUUAGCUAAUAGUUUAAUUUCUGAAGGUGAUAUGGAAACUUAUGAAUUAACUUUUGAAAAAAUAAAUUAUCUGAUUAAACCUAAAGUUGGGAAAGAAAAAUUUGAUAUUCCUCAAGAUGCAGAUGCUGAUGAUGCCUUGGACAUGUUUGCUGAUAAUUUUGAUGAACAAGAUAAAGAAAAAGAGAAGAAGGAAGAAGAAGAGGAAGAUGAUAAUAUAGUCAAAUGGGAAUAUAAAUGGGAGAAUAAAGACUCAGAAUCUAUACAUGGACCAUUUACUAGUGCUCAAAUGCUACAAUGGACUGAGGAGGAUUAUUUUCCCAACGGUGUUUUUGUACGGAAAGUGAAAAGUGGGGGAGAAUUUUAUAGUUCAAAAAGAAUUGAUUUUGAUUUGUAUACAUAA